UGAAGCUGAUCUCAGAGAGCUGCUCUCUCUCUCAGUCUGAAGGCAGGAAAAUGGCCAGUAUUUCAGUAGAUCAGGACCAGUUCAGCUGUCCAGUCUGUCUGGAUCUGCUGAAGGAUCCAGUGGCUAUUCCCUGUGGUCACAGUUACUGUAUGGUGUGUAUUAACGGAUGCUGGGAUCAGGAUGAUCAGAGGGGGGUCUACAGCUGCCCCCAGUGCAGAGAGACUUUCACUCCGAGGCCUGUUCUACGCAGAAACAACAUGCUGGCUGACGUGGUGGAGAAACUGAAGAAGACAGAACUCCGAGCUUCUCCUGCUCACUGGUACGCUGGACCUGGAGAUGUGGAGUGUGAUUUCUGCACUGGGAGAAAACUCAAAGCCAUCAAGUCCUGUCUGACAUGUUUGGCCUCCUUUUGUGAAACUCAUCUCAAGCCUCACUACGAAGUUCCUUCCUGGAAAAACCACAAGCUGGUCAUCGCCUCCCCAAGACUACAAGAGAAGAUCUGCUCUCAGCACGACAAACUGAUCGAGAUCUACUGUCGUACUGACCAAACAUGCAUCUGUUAUUUGUGCAUGUUGGAUCAACACAACAGCCACAGGACAGUCUCAGCUGCAGCAGAAAGAACCGAGAAACAGAGUCAGUUAAAGGAAAUACGGGGGAAAUCUCAGCAGAGAAUCCAGGAGAAAGAGAAGAAGCUGCAGGAGCUGAAACAGGCUGUGAACACUAUUAAGAGCUCUGCACAGACAGCAGUGGAGGACAGUGAGAGGAUCUUCACUGAGCUGAUCUGCUCCAUUGAGAAAAAGCGCUCUGAGGUAACAGAGCUGAUCAGAGCUCAGGAGAAGACUGAACUGAGUGGAGCUGAAGAGCUCAUUGAACAGCUGGAGCAGGAGAUCGCUGAUCUAAAGACGAGAGACACUGAACUGGAGCAGCUUUCACACACAGAGGAUCACAUCCAUUUCCUCCAGAGUCUCCCGUCUCUUUGUGUCUCUUCUGGAUCUGAAGACUCACCCAACAUCUUCAUCAGUCAACAUCUCUCAUUUGAUAAAGUGAGCAAAUCUCUGUGUGAUCUGAAGAAGCAACUGGAGGAAUUCUGUGAAGUGACACUCAACAGAAUCUCUCCACAUGCUGCAGCAGUUCAGAUCUUACUCUCAGAACCACAAACCAGAGAAGACUUUCUACAGUAUUUCUGUCAUUUGACUCUGGAUCCCAACACAGCACAUGAGUGCUUUGUCCUGUCUAAUGAGGACAGAGUGGCCAGAUGCAGUAAAAAUGUCCAGCUGUACUCUGACCAUCCAGAGAGAUUUGAUUACUGGCUGCAGGUUCUGUGUAAGGAGAGUGUGAGCGGACGCUGCUACUGGGAGGUUGAGUGGCGCGAGGGGACAUAUGUGUACAUAUCAGUCUCAUAUAAAGGGAUCAGCAGGAAAGGAGAGGGUAAUGAGAGCUGGUUGGGACACAACAAUCAGUCCUGGAGUCUUUACUGUUCUUCCUCUCUUUCUUUCUAUCACAACAACAUUGAGACUAAGCUCUCAGCCCCAUCCUCCUCCAGAAUAGGAGUGUAUGUGGAUCACAGUGCAGGAACUCUGUCCUUCUACAGCGUCUCUGACACCAUGACCCUCCUACACACAGUCCACACCACCUUCACUAAGCCUCUCUACGCCGGAUUUAGGUUAUCUGGUGAAUCAACUGUAACAUUAUGCAAUUGUUAACACAUUAUGUAAUUUUGCAGUUGCAUUUAAACAAUCGUGUAAAUUGAAUGUCUGUAGAACGAAAGUAAAAGUCUAAACGUCUAAGGGAUAAAACUUGUCAUCAGAAAACUAAUUCGUGGAACAGUUUUUCAAAAGUCAUCUGACUGUCAGUGUCAUUCAUGCAUCAGAAUACAGUGACGGUUGGUUCGGACUUCAUUAAAGCUCCUUAAUCCAGCACAAUCAUUCAUAGUGAACACAGAGAACGUGCUGUUCUAAUGCAGCUUCAUAUUCAUCCUCAACAUACCACAAUCCUCUCAUGUGACACCUUAAAUUUAUUUUAUGCCUUUUUGAUGCGAAUCCUUUCCAGUUCAGUGCUUCUGUUGCUCUAUUGCACCUGAUUCAACACCUGGUGGUCUUGAUGGUCAGCUGAUGAACUAUAUAUGUUGUGUUAAAUAAGGAAACCCACUAAACUGUGCAGAUGAGGUAUCACUCAGGACCAGAACUGAGAACCUGUGGAGCUAAUAUUUAGGACUUUUCCUUCAUUCCUUGAAUGAUUAAACUUCAGCAAAUGCUACUGUG